AUGAACAUUUUCACAGGUAAGGAUCCACGCAAAGAAUGGACGAAAUCAGAUAAGGAAAUAGAGAUAGAAUGCGAAAUUUUAGAUCUGGAAGAAAAAGAACAUGAUACGAUUGAUCCGGUAGAAAAGGAAAAGGGGACGGAACAUGAAGCACCCAACAAAAAGUCACAUGGAUGCACCAAGGUGUUAGAUAAAGGAAUUGAGAGUGAACAACAAGUACCAAGUGGAAAAGAAGACGAAUCAAGCAAGGUGGUAAAAAAAAGAAAGGUGAAGAAGCGUCAAGUGGAACCAUGCAUAAGAACAAGGGGGGCGAAGAGGCCAAGGCUGUCGUUCAAAGAAAAAAUCACUAAAUCUGAAGGUGUCAAGAUUAAAGCUGAGGGUCCUAGCAUAAAGGUUGAAGACCGUAAACGGAAGACAUAUCGAUCUACUGGGAAGAAGAUUGUUUCGCAUGGUGUCGAUCCUGAAAGUGAGAAUGUACGAGCCGAUGGUGAAGAAAAAUAUGGACCUGAUGACUUUAUUUCAAUUCACACAAGGUCUACAACAUCAGCUUUUCAUGAUUCAAUUCGGCGAUUGAAUCAUGCUCAAUGCGCAGCUGUACGUGAUAUGGGGUUUGGUCACUUGCUUCAGCUUCGAGUGAAGGGCAUACCGUCGAAGCUUGCAUAUUGGGUGAUUGAUCACUUUGAUAGUGAUAAAUCAGAUUUCAAGUUGAUGUUACAGCACAGGGUUAAGGUUACUGAAGAAGACAUUUUCAAAAUUUACGGUUUCCCGAGAGGACCUGAAAAAAUUGAAACGUUACGGGGUUCAGCAAAUAGUCAGUUGAUGGACGAGUGGAUUACUUCAUUCAAUGUUGACGAUAAAGAAAAAAUAAAGAUCAAGUUGGUAAUAGCGAAAAUGCUUAAUGAGAUAGAUGGAGGUGUUUGGUUUAGGAGGAACUUCCUGUUAGUCAUGUCAUUUUGUUUGAUUGAAAGCGGAUCGAACGGAAUGGUUCCACCGUAUAUUCUUCAAGUGUUGGACGACGUAACCAUGGUGAGCAGAUUGAACUGGUGCGAAUAUACGUUGCGGGCAUUGAUAGAACAAAAGGAAAAUGGUUAAAGAAUAAAAGAUCAACUUUCACAGGACUACUCCUAUUCCUAAUUGUAAGCUAAUUUGUACAAUUAGUUAUACUUUUAUACUUGUAGCAAUAACUAGUUAUACUUUUAUAAUUUGCUCGUGUUAACUCAUAUCUAUUUUGUAUU